AUGGCCUUCGCUGGUCUCGCCCCUCCGGAAUCGUUCCUGCCGACACCGGGACGCCCGUCCGUACCCUGGGCGCAGUGGCAUGGCAUGUUCAACGUCUACCUGCUUACGUCUGGUGCUGCCGAAUUUCCCCCGGAGCGACGCAAGGCCCUUCUGCUGCACUGUCUGGGAGCCGAAGGCCAACGAAAUUUUAACACACUGCCUGACACGAAUCCUCCAAGCACCGCCCAGGACACCGGCAAAGACGCAACGAGCAAGCCGGACGUCUACGCCAUCGCCGUCGCUUCCUUGGCCCAACACUUCGCUACAACCAGCAACCUGGUCAUCGAGCGACACCGCUUCCACCGGCGUUUCCAAUCUCCAGGCGAGUCUGUUCAUGACUUUGUUGCCGCGCUACGUGAGCUCGCAACGCCGUGUUGCUUCGCGUCACAAGAAGAGGUACUACGAGACCAAUUCGUGACCAGCGUGUCUUCUAACCGCGUUCGUGAACGCCUGUUGCUGGAAGGUUCGUCGCUGCCGUUUUCCACCGCAGUCCAGAUAGCCCUUCAACAAGAACAAGCGGCCGAACAAAUGAAAGAAUUUUCUGCGUCUGUACAACCAGUGUCAGCGCGUACUAGCAAGUAUUCCGAUCCCCCUUUACAGUCUUCACGCUCACAGCACGUUACGCGAAGUCACCAGCAGCAUAUUCCCCAAAGCGCUACCACAUCACGCGCUGCUCAAGGGAACCGCCCCUCAUCUCGUGACCGCCGCAACCGCCGUCGCUCGCCUUCAGCACCACGCGCACUGUCGCCGCACUCUUUCCGUUGCGGCUCUCGUCAGCACCGCGCGUCAUGGACUCGUUGUUCGGCACAGGGACAACGCUGUUUAUUUUGUGGUCGCAUUGGACAUUUCAAAAAAGUAUGCAACCAGAAACGCCCGCAGUCGACCGUUCGCGAGGUAGUGGUCGACAAUUCGUCGGAGGAUGAUGCCGCUCAGGGUGAUCCUGUGUUCAGUCGUCCGAAAAAGAUGGUCAAGCAGCGUGGCCCGUCGUCCUUCCUUCUCGACGACGGACGUACUUGGAACGCCUCCAAGUUGUGCAAGGUGCCUGCAGUUCCGGCUGACCAUGACUGUAUUCAGCCAAGUGACACCUGGGUGCCCCGCAGUGCUGCAUCUCAGGGGCAAGUACGAACUAUGCCGCCCGAGGUGCCUGUGCCGUCCCAGGAACCAGUGCCGCCCGAGGUGCCUGUGCCGUCCCAGGAACCGGUGCCGCCCGAGGAGCCUGUGCCGCCCGAGGAGCCUGAGCCGUAUCAGCAAACUACGCCACAGGAAGAGCCUGUGCCGGGCCAGCAAACUACACCGCCUGAAGAAUCUGGGCCGGAGCGUCGAGUCCAACCCUACAGGGACAGGCAUCCACCUGCUAGGUUCCGGGAUGAUGCCUAA